AUGACGAGUAAAAAGGGCCAAACUUUAAGAAUUGAAAAUGAAAUUGAUAAAUAUCGAGGUGAAGGAAAUUGGAAAAAGGUUAUAGAGUUAGCAAAUAGCUUAAAAGAACUUUAUCCAUCUAAUGAAUGUUUAGCAAAUUUUUUGAGCGGAGAAGGAAAACUAGAAAGUUUUUUGGAAGAAACGCCACCGAUUGAAGCUAAUAUUACGAAAGCUAAAACAGGAUUGAUUGAUGCCAAAAAAGAUUUAGUUUUAGCGGCUAAUGAAAAAGAUAAACAGGCAGUUGUUGUCCUCGAUGCACACCUUCUUCUGGGUAAACUUCACUAUGCAAUGGGACUCUACUCUGAGGCUCUUCACCAUUACGACUUUGCAGAACUUCAUACUCUAACUGAAAAACCUCUGCCACCUCGUAGUCUUCGUAUAAUAGCCGAAUCCUACGCGAUUCAAGGCCUAUGUUUUGAAAAACAAUUACCAACCGUAAAAUCAAAGUACAAAUUAUCAGAGUAUCAGGAACGUAUGAUUAAAUGUUUUGAAACUUCUGGAGAUUUAUCUCUAGUCUACUUUCAAGAGCUCGAAAAAUCUCAGGUAACACAAAAUGGUGGUUACUCUCCUCAACCACCAAUCACAUCAAAAACAAUGGGCCCUAUUCUCGAAACGGCUUUACUACGUGCUCCCUUGAUGCAUCUUCAAUCUGGUAAUAUUGAACGUUCAAUAAAUCGUUGGCGUGAAAUUUUAUCUGCUAUUGAAACUACAACAACCCAAAGUUUACGAUUGACUUUAAUUCGUCAGUUAGCAGAAUUGCUUUUACGACGUAUUACAAAUUCGGAUUAUAAAGCACCUGAAGUGGCUGAAACUACGACAAUGGUUGCGUCUAAUACAUUAACGCGUAAAUUAAACAAUUACGCGACAAUAAAUGGAAUGGUAGAAACCCAAAAAUCACCUUGGAAACCAAAAAAAUAUCAGGGUAUUAAUAUGUUUGUUCCACGCACUAUAAACGAAGAAAUUAUUUUACUUUUAUUAAUUGGAGAAGCAAUGGCUGUACGUGACGCAGUUCUCAGUCAAUCCCCAGAAUUUAAAGAAGCUAAAUCUCGUGCGCAUGAAGUAGCGACUAACGUCUAUGAUUUAUUGACAAUCGUUACAGUUAAAUGGAACCAAGUUGAAUUGUUAUACGAGUCAUUUAAACGUGCUAUGAAAUUUUCUCAUGAAGAAAUCCAUGUUUGGACGCAGUAUGCACUUUGUUUAAUACAAUUGGGACAGUACGCCCAUGCAUAUUCAGUACUUGAGAUAGUUGCACGUUUAGCGCCCAAUAAAGUGAUGCCUUGUUUACUGGCAGCAAGAAUGUGCUAUGAGCAUUUGGAAAAAAUAUCUACAGGAAUUGAGUGGGCUAAAAAAGCUGUCUCAAGAGAAAAUAAUAAUCCAUCGGGUUUAAUAUCUCGCUGUCAUUUAUAUGUCGGAAUUGGAAACAGUAUCUUGGCAAGGAGUUGUAUGGUAAAAGCAGACAAAGCUACACACAGUACCCAAGCGCUUGAAGCAUUCCAUAAAGCUCAGCAAUACGAUCCAAAUGAUCAUCUAGCUGAAUAUUAUUUGGCGUAUGAAUAUGCAAUUAAUCGACAAUUAAAUGAAGCUAUGAUUCAUGUUAAAAUAGCCUUGAAUUUACGAGCUGAACACAUUCCAUCAUUACAUUUACUAGCAUUGUUAUUAUCAGCUUACAAACAAUACAAUGAUGCAUUAAAUUUAGUUAAUUCAAUUUUAGUUGAGUAUCCAGAUAAUUCAAACUUCUUGUAUAUAAAAGCCCAUUUACAGUUACAUAGCGUAGGUGCUGAAGAGUCAAUUAUCACUAUCAAAGAAAUGUUGAAAAUUUGGCGUGAUUUGUAUGAAAAUCAAGUUAAUGUAGAUUGUAAUGAACAACAAAGUGAAAAACGUAGUGAAACGCGUAGCAUUUUUCAACUGUAUACCACAGAAUUAUCAGACAAAGAUUCAAGUUCAGUACAUGCACAAUCCUUAGCGGCAUCUAAAAUUGAGCAAGCUCUAUCGGAAGUUGCUUCGUCACUUAGCUCAUUUACACCCAAACCUGGACCACAACGGGCUUGGCUACUGCAGUUGCAGAUUUGGUUACUGUUGACUGAAGUUUUUUUGAUGCUUGAUAAACCAGAUGCUGCAGCAUUAUCAUUACAAGAGGCUACCAAUAUUUUUCCUAUGAGUCAUCACAUUAUGUAUACGAAAGGCUUAUUACAUGAAUACAAAUCUGAGUACAAUGAGGCUAAACAGUGUUAUCAAAAUGCUGUAGCAAUUAAUCCUUACCACAUAAAAAGUCUCCAACAUUUGGGUCUAAUUUAUCAUUAUUUAGGAUGUCAAAGAUUGGCUGAAAAAACAUUACGUGAUGCCGCUAAAAUAGAUCCAAAUUCUCACCAAACUUGGUACAAUUUAGGAAAAGUUUUGGAAUCAUUAGGUGAAAUGGAAACAGCUAAUGACUGUAUGGCUACGGCGUUAGAAGUUGAAAAUUCGAAUCCUAUUUUACCAAUAUCAUCAAUUGGAAUUACAUUUGAAUGA